AUUUAUUAUUGUCACUUAUAUAUAUAUACAUCGUAAUCAUUUUUUCGUGAAUAAUUCUCUCUCCCAUUCCAUUAUUUCUCAGUAUCUCUCUUUCUUUCCCUUACUUUAUUGUUGCUUUUAAACCUUCAAUUUGCUCAUAAACCAAAUAUAUAAUAUCAAAACAAACAAACAAAAAAUCAGAAUUCCCCUAAUAAUGUCUUCGGAUCGUCACACACCGACGAAAGAUCCACCGGAUCAUCCGUCUUCUUCCUCCAACCACCACAAGCAACCACUUCCUCCUCAACCGCAGCAACCACUCAGCCGCUAUGAAUCGCAGAAACGCCGCGACUGGAACACGUUCGUCCAAUACCUAAAAUCACAAAAUCCACCGUUGAUGAUGUCUCAAUUCGACUACACGCACGUGCUAAGUUUCCUAAGGUACUUAGAUCAGUUUGGUAAGACCAAAGUACAUCAUCAAGCUUGUGUCUUCUUCGGACAACCGGAUCCACCAGGUCCGUGCACGUGUCCUCUCAAACAAGCUUGGGGAAGCCUAGAUGCUUUGAUCGGACGGCUAAGAGCUGCUUACGAGGAACACGGUGGCGGGUCACCUGAUACUAACCCGUUUGCAAACGGGUCGAUCCGGGUUCACUUGAGGGAAGUGAGAGAAUCUCAAGCCAAGGCUCGUGGGAUUCCGUACAGGAAGAAGAAAAGGAGGAAGACUAAAAACGAGGUCGUUGUUGUCAAGAAGGAUGUUGCAAACUCUUCGACUCCUAAUCAGUCGUUCACUUGAUAAAUUUAUCAUAUAAAAAAUUUCCAAUAUAGGUAAUCAAUUUUCAAUUCUCUUUUUUUUCUCUCUAAUUUAAAGUUUCGUAUGAUCUUUUAAAAAAAUUGAAAUUAUUCUCUUUGGAUAUCUAGACUACAAAACUUAUAAUAUCGGAUUAAUAAUAGUGAUUGAUUCCAUCAAAUUUUCCCGAUUUUCUAUUGUCACUUACUUACCCUAAUGCGUGUGUGUAUAUAUAUUUCUAAACUAAUUUUGUACUCAAAAUUGGAUAUGAUUAAGAGAGAAUAAUAUAUCUUUCAAAUGUAGCUUUUUUUGUUAUUAAUUAGCUAUAAUAAUUAGAGUGUGUCCCAACUGUGAAUGUAUUUAAAUGACAACAUUUCUGUACGUUGCAUGCAUCAUGAUGUAUAAACAUACACUGGAAUACAUGUUGAAAUGCACAAGUAAGUAAAUAAUAUUUCUUACACUAAAUGUAUAUACAAUUAAGCAUUACUUUUAUGUAUAUAUAGUUAUAUAUAUGCACACCUAUACAAAUAUGUACAUGUAUAUAUGUAUUUUAUUAUAUAAUUAUUUUCUAUUGGAAGCAUGAUAAUAUGGGGAACUAGAUUACAAGGUCUAGCGAGUGUAGCCCAAUAAUGUAAAUAAACAGCUCAUGAGUUUAAAAUAAGUACUCAAGCAAUUAGGAAAAAAAACGAACAUUUUGAAUAAGCGCUAGCAUUACCAAAUUAGGAUUUAUAUAAAACGAACUUAGGAUUCGAACCGGCAAUUGAUUAAGUUAAAACGAUCGAGUCGGUAGAAAGAGUUUUCCGAAACCCUAGAAUCCGGAGAGAGGCUAUAUAUAGUGAUGUACAUAUAUGUCAAUUAAUAUAUGUUUGUAGCUUUUGUAGCUAGCUAUAUAUUAGCCAUAGACCAUAGUAUUUAAUAAUGAUGGCUUGGAGCCAUGAGUUUUAGCAUAAGCUUGUUUUAAUAUGAUUCCAUGUUGCCCUGUUUCUUUAUAUACUAGUAUACUAUAUGUUAUUCAUGAGUUUGGAAGUAUCGGUUUGUUACAAAUCGGAAGUUUUGAUCUAUCAUAUCUACUGUAGUUGCUAAUUAACUCGGCUUACUUGCGCCCGUCUCAUUUUCUUUGAGUGUAAAAAUUUGUUGAUCAUCAAUAAAUAAUUUUACUGAUAGAGAUAAAAAAAAAUAAAAAAUUUGACGUAUUCUUUUCUGUUAGACCGGAUAAAUAGACAUUCAAUCAAAGGUUUUUUUUUUAUUAACCUACAAGGUAGUGAACUCCAUUUGUUAGAACAACUUCCAUUACCUUCGAACUUUUUUUAUUCUUAAUAACACAGAAAGUUGUGAUACGGUUGCAAAACAAUUUAUCAAUGGUGCCGAUAAGAUUGUUCAGAGGGUGGCAAUGGGCAUUGGUUUCACUUGCUUACCAUAAAGAAAGCAAGUUUGAGAAAUACCAAAAUUGCGAUUCUGUUUUUGAUUGUGACUUGUGAGCCCCAACAAUAUAUGUAUAUAUUUCAGCUUGAGCUCAAUUCCCAUAUAUGCUACAACUCUAAGACGCAAUUUAUGAAAAUUUGGAUUUUAAAUAGUCAUCAUGUCCAUGUUUCUCGAGAUGGAUAUCUAAGAGAAGAAUAAUUUGAAUUUUAUAAGUUUAUUAAGUCAUAUUUUUAAUACUUAAAUCCAAAUAUAAUUUGUUCCAUGUAUUUUAUUUUUAUUCUUAUAAUACACUUAUGGAAAUCUAUUCUAUUUUACUUCAUAUCUUUACCCAUUUUUAAUUUGCAAUUUACCUUUAUAAUCCAC